GUACUCAACGCCCCGCUGAGUUUAACUGUGGCAGCAAAUCGCCUAUUUUUAUUUUUGUCGUAUUGAUUUAUUGAUACAAUUAUUUUUAUUAUUAUGAAGCUCUAAAGCUGGGACUAACUGACAGACCACUUAACACGUCUCAACGUAGGAUACGUUCCAGAAUAAGACAUGUUUAAUGUAGGCCUUUUUGGAACGCAAUUUCGGAUGCACUAUGGAUAUUCUUAUAAUUUCGCGACAGGAUUGGAUUUUCAGAAGAGAGCUUUACAUGCGGAAGUGCCUUUUUAUUUUCUUCUGCUUUACAGUGUUUUGUUACAAGUCUCAUAUUAAAUUAACGUAGUACUACGUUCUUGGAUUUGUGAAAUUUGCGGAAAGUGCUGGGAAAAAUUCUUAAUUUUAGUGAAAUUUUUAGGAAUUGACACGUUCUUACUGUUGGAUUUUCACCGUGAUGAUCUACUUAAUAUGUGGUUCUUGUGGAGUCCACGAAACCAGUUAGUUAUGCUCUCCAAACGGCUCCAAGCUCUUUUCUGAUCGACUUCAACUUGAAAUAACACUCACGAUUGUUCUUUGGUCAUCUAUCCUACCAUGUCCGAGGUUUGACUACACUAUUUGCGAACUGUUUGACCCAGAUACCAAGUUAGGUGGGCUGGGAUGUUCUUAACACCCCUCCAAACCUCGUGACUGUUAAAAGGUGUAUUUACUAACGGUGAUAUGAAGAUUGUAAAGAGACAUACAAUCUCACCACAACGCACAGCUGCGCUCUUGCUCCCUGAAAACUCAGUCUUCUGCAAUCCGAUCAAGUCAGCACACCCGUCUUACUCUCCUGACAACUUAUUAAUAUUAUAAUUACUAUUAUUAUUAUUACUAUUACCGAUAUAUAUAUUAUUCUUCAAACUUCAUGAGCUGACUGUUGUUACGUUUCCUAUUUUCGUUUCUGUCUCUUAGUCUGAAUAGCUUCACUAAUUAUAUCUAUUAUUAUUAUUACUAUUAUUAUUAUUAUUACUAUCUCUUUUCUCUUGUCGACAAUACCGAAGGACUAACUGGCGAAAGGAUCAACUCCAAUCACAGUAGUAACAGUCUUAACAUACCUCAUACUACAAACCACAUAUAAUUAAUCCCAGCACUACUCCCUUUGGAGUCAACCAAAGCUACGACAGUCGAGUGGCGGGACAAGCUACGCAGAAGUUUACCGAAGAUCAAGAACCUAUACCUCACAAUCAAGAGGCGAGCACAAAGAAAUCAAAUUGGUUUAUACUAGCUCGUAAAAACGAUAUUGGAUAUAUUGGAUAUUGGAUACAUAAAUUGACUGUUGAGAGCGAGGUGGCUGACAUCCAGUUGAAUGGACGAACUCCUUUUACCACCUACUGGAGGUUUAUGAGAAAUGCGUGCACUGACAAUAUUUCCUUUGUUAUGCACGUGAAAUAGAAGCCGUCACGUAAUUAUGAUGAUCAAAAACUCUGAUGAAGAAGUUACUAUUCAUACAGCAGUGAAACAUGGAGAUUUAAUGCUGCUUAAAGAGAUGAUUUCAAGUGGGGCUAGCAUAAAUGAAAUUGACAAACAGUCAUUCACUCCGCUACAUUGGGCUGCUAAUGUUGGUGCUAUUGAGAUUUUACAUUAUUUGUUAUGGAAGAAUGCUGAUCCACUGAUUGUUACUAAAAAUGGCUGGACUCCUGUUCAUAUUGCUGCUAUACGAGGAUAUGAGAAUUGUAUAAAGUCUUUGGCUGAAAGAGGUGUUAGCCUUUCAGCUCAAGACAAGUAUGGUCAAACUCCGGGUCAUAUGGCUUCAAUUCAUGGAAAUUCUGGCAGUCUUUCAACCCUUUUACGUUCUGGUGCUGAUGUGGAGACAGUAGAUAUAAAUGGAUGGACAAUGUUACAUGCAGCAGCAUUCCAUGGACGGCUUGGAUGUGUUCAAGUAUUACUUAAGUGGGGUUUACGAAUAGAAGAUACUGAUAAAGCGGGAAAUAAUGCUGUUCAUCUUGCAGCAAUGGAAGGUCAUUUGCCUGUGUUACAGUGUUUAGUUAGUCAAGUUCACACGCCAUUAUAUUUACUUGAUACUCCAAAUGAUCAUGGGGAAACUGCUGAAGCUCUAGCUAAAAGAUUUUUGAAACAUGAUGUUGAAAUGUAUAUUAAUAAACUUAAAACUGAGAAAACAUUUCACAGAGGAUCAGACGACGCUGAACAGUUGGCAUUUCCAGCUCAUACAGCAGCUUAUUCUGGAGAUUUAGUUCAGUUGCGUGCUUUGAUAGAAUCAGGCACUGUGAAGAUAGAUGAAAGAGAUGAACAAGGCGCAACACCACUACAUAAAGCCGCAGGUCAAGGACAUAUCAAAAUUGUUCAAUGGCUUAGAGAGAAUGGCGCUGAUCCAAGAUUGAGGAAUUCAAUAGGUGAAUCACCUGCUGAUGUAGCUCGAAGAUAUGGCCAACUUGGAACGUUAAAACUUUUAGUAUCCAAAUCUGAAGAAGGAAACGAAAAGGACGAAGUAUCAGAUACAGAUUUACCAUCUGAUAUACCAUAUGGUUAUACAGAAGGUGAAAAGAUGCCUGAACUUAUAAUGGACAAAAAUGCUGCACUGGGCAGAGCUAAAAAGAGAAUAGAAAAAUUAGAACGCUUAUUAGAUUUGGCUAAAUCAGAUUAUAAACAACUUGGUGGUCCAUUGGAUGAAGAAGAGAAAGAAAGAUACAAAAUCCUACAAGAAACUGAUCGAUAGUUGAGAAUUAUGAGAAUGGUUACCGUUGAUGAUAACUUGUAUACAAUUCUGACACAUUGUGAACAUACCUUGGAAACAUGAAGAGUAGGAAAAUUGGUUUCUUUCUAGGUGAGAAUGAAUUUUACCGAAGCUACAAUAAAGAGCCGUUAUCUAUGUAGUCGGGAGAAAAUAUACACCAACAAAUGAAAUCGAAUAAUAGUUACAAUAUUCUACCUGUUAAUGUGAAUCUUUAAAAUGCUAAUUACUGUAUUUCAGUUGUAUAGCUUGAUUAGAACUAGUGUGUUUUUAAUUAAGUCUUUGGAUAAGACAAUUACAUACUACUUAGAAGCUUCUAGUAGCUUCGUAUCAAUGUCAGUUCGUGAUAAGAAUUAUUUUAAAAUAUAAAAUAACUCUAGUAUAUACUUUUGAAAACUUACGUUAUAUCCAUA